GGUUCACACCCUUUUACGUGUACAACCCAUCAACCACUUAACAUUUCCAUUCAAUUAGAAAAAAUCAUAGAAGAAGCAUAAGAAGAAAGAUUCAUUUUCUGACACCCAAUUCAAGAAAAAUAUCAAUACAACUUGAAGAAAAUCUCAAAAUUUUUCUUCUUCUUCUGGCAUUUGCGUACUCUUUGUUGAAUCAGAAAUAAUGGGUCCAAUAGUAUUAGCCACUGGUCUGAGUGUAUUGGCCGGUGCAGCUUUGGUGAAAUUGAUGGACGAGAAGACCAUGAUGGGUUCGGGUCAGUUUCCUCGGUGCUCCAGUUGUAAUGGCACGGGUCGGGUUUCUUGCAUGUGCUCUCGCUGGUCGGAUGGUGAUGUGGGUUGUCGGACCUGUGCCGGGUCGGGUCGAAUGGCUUGCAGCAGUUGUGGAGGUUCAGGUACGGGUCGUCCAAUUCCGGUCCAAAUCUCCGUUCGUCCUCCUAACCGCUCAAUUUAGAACCCCGGUUCGUUUUUAACACUGUAAUAGUCCCAUGUAUAAUAUCUUUGUAGUAUUUCUUUCAGAUUCUUGAGGUUGGAAAAAGAUACAAAUUUUUAUGUAUUAGUAUAUGUUUGGUGAUACUUGAGAGUUAGCCUUACAUGGGAAUUACUUGUUCUAUGCUGUAAUUAUUAUUAAAGAUUGACAAAUUUAUACCCAUGAGAUGGCUUUGAAGCUCAUUGUUUA